AUGCCCUCCCAUUGCUCAAACUCGCACCGGCCAGGAGAGAGUAGCUGCAAGGACUGCAAAGGUGCCAUCAGGAGCAUCCUGGGGCUCCCAAUGCACUCACCGGUCGUUGCAACAUUGCCAGAGGCUGUUGAAUGGCCGCUCUCGCUGAGGAUGCUCGAAGGAGCCCUAGGGCACAUCCUGGACCACCUUCAUCAUGCUCCGGAUGGCGGUGCAACUCUGGCCAGACUCCGCAGCCAGACGUCCUCACGAAUGGGAGGUCUGUGCCUGCUGUAUGAGCAGACACCAGCUGUCGCACUGCAACAGGCAGCAGCCUGUAAACUCCGCGAGGAGCUGGAGGGAAGGCUUCUGGUCUUCACAGACGGAUCAGUCCCGACGAACGGUUCGACAGCUGCAGCCUACAUCCUCCCGGCUAGGGCGCUCAAGAGUCAAUGCCGGUCCCACUUCGCUGCGAUCUACACCGCGGCCGAUUUAGCACGGCUGCAUCUCGCCGCUGCUGUCCUGGCUGAGGGCCUUCCUGGACAACCAGUGGCAGCUCCGUGUGACUCGAAGCCAGGGCUCCAGAGCCUCAUCAACCACCGCCGAUCGGGACUUAUUGGGGCCUUGCUCAUCUCCAAGUUUUCAGCACUGGCUGACGCGGGGGUCUCCAUCUCUUUUCACUGGCUGCCCACUCAUGUGGGAAUAGCCGUUGAUGAAGAAGCGGACACCCUUGCCAAAUCCACCCACCAUCCUGAUGUGUCGCUCAGAGCAGCAGUAGCUGCGCCUGAUUUUUCGAGGCAGUGUCUAAAAAAACUGCUCACAACCAUGCACCCGGAUGCCAGAGGUUAUCGACAGACAACUAUGGCCGACGAUGACAUCGUUAUCACUGGUUUCUCUGCCUACUUCCCACAAGCGGAUCAUCUGGUAGAGUUCAAAGAAAAGUUGUACGCUGGUGUCGACAUGAUCACCGAGGAUGACUUGCGCUGGCCUCCUGGUCACAUGGAUUUGCCAAAGCGCCAUGGAAAGAUCCGGGAUUUGUCCCGCUUUGACGCGCAGUUCUUCAGCACACACCCCAAGCAGGCGCAAGUGAUGGACCCACAGCUGCGAAUGUUGCUGGAGACAUCGUACGAGGCCAUUGUGGAUGCAGGCUACGACCCCGAUACCUUGCGCAAGCGGAACAUAGGCGUCUUCAUUGGCAAUUCAAGCUCGGAAUCUUACGACGCGUUCCGAAAGGACCCGAAGAAGGUGGACAGCUACUUGUUUCUCGGAUGCUCGAGAGCCAUGUUCUCCAACAGAAUCUCUUACUCACUCGACGUGCAAGGCCCGAGCAUGACCAUUGAUACUGCCUGCUCGUCAGCGAUGGUGGUCCUGAAUGAAGCAGUCGUGGCGCUUCGCUCGGGACGCUGCGAGGCGGCCAUCGUUGGAGCAGCGAACCUCAACCUCGAUCCCAGCGUUGCAGUGAACUUCAGGCAGCUGGGCGCACUGUCAGACGACGGAAAGUGCAGGGCCUUCGAUUCAAGUGGUAAUGGCUACGUUCGAAGUGAAACUAUUGGCUCCAUGUUUCUUCAAAGGCGGCCGGAUGCCCGUCGUAUCUAUGCCAAGAUCAUCAACAUUAAUGUCAAUACAGAUGGGUACAAGCCCGAAGGCAUCCCCUUCCCAUCGGCCAUCGCGCACGAGCAGCUUCUUCGUGCCACAUACACCGAAGCCAACGUGGACCCUCGGAAAGUAGAGUACGUCGAGGCCCACGGUACGGGAACUAAAAUAGGUGCUCGCCAGGAGUUGGAAGCAAUCAGCAACGUCAUGUGUCCACCGGGACGGGGUAAACCACUCAAAGUGGGAUCCGUCAAGACCAACAUGGGUCAUGCAGAGAGUGCCUGUGGCAUCGCUUCGGUGGCAAAAGUGAUCCUAGCUAUGGAGACUGGAACCAUAGCAGCCAACUUGCACUUCAAGGAGCCAAACCCGGAUAUCACCUCGUUACAUGACGGCCGCGUCGAAGUGGUUGACAGGCCAACGCUUUACGAUGGUGGUCCAAUUGGCAUCAGCUCUCAAGGCAUUGGUGGUACCAACGCGCAUGGGAUCUUCGAGCCCAACCAAGGUCCGCACGUUGACUUUCUUCCACGUGAUAAGCCAGAAAUUCCGAGGCUUGUUCUUAUGGCCGGUAGAAGCAAGGAGUCGCUGCUGCGCACUCUGGAUCGACUAGAGGCCGAAGGACCGUACCCAGACUCCGGGUACGCCCUGCUGAGCCGCGUCGCUCAGCCAAGCGUGAAGCUGUUCCCGUAUCGAGGCUUCACCAUUGUACCCGUGGGUAACUCGGGCCAGGAGGUCGUUAAAGCUGUCCACGAGGUUCCGCCCGAGAAGCGACCACUGUGGUUCAUCUUCACUGGCAUGGGCUGCCAGUGGAACGGCAUGGCGCGCCAGAUGAUGCACUUUGACGUUUUCGCUCGCUCUAUCCGCAAGUCCCAUGCACUGUUGCUAGAGCGAUUCGGCAUCGACCUUAUCGACCUAGUGACAAGUGACGAGCCGCCAAUCAGUCCCAUGGUUUCGCCUUUUGUUGCCAUCACGGCGAUUCAGGUUGCGCUAGUGGACGUGCUUCAUGCUUUGGGCCUCAAGGCGGACGGCAUAGUGGGACACUCUGUGGGCGAGGUUGGUUGCGCGUACGCAGACGGGGGCUUAACCUCCGAGCAGGCAGUGCUUUCUUCCUAUUGGCGAGGUCGCUGCACGGAACUGAGCAAUCCUCCCAAAGGAUCCAUGGCUGCAGUAGGUCUUACAUGGGAAGAAGUGAAGGGGCGAUGUCCCCCUGACGUGUACCCUGCAUGCCACAACUCCGAGGAUUCUGUGACAGUAUCUGGUUCCGCCGAAGCUGUGGCAGAGAUGGUAGCGCAACUUCAAGCUGAGAACAUCUUCGCCCGCAAUGUCAACAGCUUGGGUGUGGCCUUCCACAGUAAACACGUGGCACACAUCGGGCCUAUACUUCGAGAAGCACUGGACAAGGUCAUACCGCAGAGUAAACCCCGCAGCAAGCACUGGAUAAGCUCAUCGGUGCCUGAGAACUGUUGGCACGAACCUGGCUCGCAGCUGUGCUCUGCUGAGUACCACACCAACAACUUUCUAAACCCGGUACUCUUCAGGGACGCCCUCAAGCAUGUGCCCGAGGACGCCAUCUUGCUGGAGAUCGGACCACACUGCCUCCUGCAGGCGAUCCUGAGAAGAGCUGUUGGGCCCAAAGCAAGGUGCCUGGGGCUCAUGAAGCGUCAUGCGGACAACUUGGAGUAUUUUCUGAGCUCACUUGGCCAACUACACACAUCUGGCGUCAAGAUGGAUUUGUCUGUACUCUACCCUCCGGUUCCGUGGCCCGUACCCCGCGGCACACCCAACAUUGCACACUUGGUCAGCUGGGAUCACUCACACAGCUGGAACGUCGCCCAUUGGAAAGACUUCACUUCCGCGACACCGGCGUUUGAGGAGAUUAUCGACAUUGACCUCGAAGCUGACAGCGCCGAGAAGUACCUGCUCGGUCACCGGCUGGAUGGACGUGCCAUCCUUCCUGGCACAGGCUACAUCGUCCUCGUUUGGGAGUUACUUGCCAAGCGCUGCGGGAAACCUGUGAAAGAAACUCCCGUCAUCUUUGAGGACGUGAGAAUUCAACGCGCAACAAUUUUACCACCAGCGGGUUCUGUGCGAAUCCAGGUUACAGUCAUGCCAGUAUCUGGGGAGUUCGAAGUGUGCGAGUCCCGUGCUGUGGUGGCCAAAGGACGCGUCCGAAUGGCUGAAGAAAGUAAGACGGUGCUUCUCAAGGAACCCCCAGGAACCUCUGGAGAGACCAUUGCCUAUGAUAUGGACUCGGUGGACGUCUACAAGGAGCUCAGACUCCGCGGCUACCAGUUCCAUGGAGCUUUCCGGGGCGUCCUGGAGGCUUGCUCACAGAAGCCCUGCGCAAAGCUAAAGUGGGAGGAAAAUUGGGUGACCUUCAUGGACGCCUUGUGUCACGUCAGCUUCUUGUGGAACCAACUUAGGACGUUUGACGUGCAUGUCAGUAUGCAGUCAUGCCGCAUCGACCCCAAGGUUCAAGCAGAGAUCACGGAUAUUGUUGGGGACAAGGGUGUGGAUGCCGUAUACAGCCCGCAUCUCAACUUGUGCCGCGCCGGCGGCGUUGAAAUAGAAGGCCUAAAAGUCAGCAGCGUAGAGCGACGGCCAGUCCAAGAGGUACCAGUCUUGGAACAAUAUUGCUUUGUUCCUUACCUGGACAACAAAGCCACAAGAAUCGAACGAGAGCACUUUGUCCAGGAGUACGUGGACGUGUGUUGUGGCAUCACGCAAUGCAUCCUGCAGUCUUGUGAAGAAAAUAUCAGCUUUCACAGCAUGAUGAAAGGAUAUCAUAAAGUGUCAGAAGAAUUGCUGAACCUAUACAUUGAGAACGCUGCAUCAAAUCACGGCCUAGUACAGCUACUCCUUAAUAUCCAGAAAGAAUGCAACGGUGCUACUUCACUGGCUUCGACGGUGAAGUUAGCACUUCUAGCCUCCAAGAAAGCUCUGGAGGAGGACUUUCUGAACACCAGCCUCCUAGGAGAAGACCCGCUGAGAUAUCUGCUUGACGUAGUGCUCGAAAAUACAAGCUCCUUGAAACUCCACGUGCUAGAGCUGGCGGCUACAGGGAGCGUUACACUCAUGGCUCCACGGGUGUUUGCAUUGCUUUCCAUGUACGAUGGGCGUCUGAAGACCGUAUACUCAAUCGCUCACCCAAGUCCAGACAGCCUAGCUCCCGACCAAGUUCCCGAAGGCACAGAAGUGGUUGGAGCGCAGCCUUCUACCUCUGGGGGAAAAUUUCUCCAGGCUGACUUGGUGAUUGCUUCCUGCGGCACCACGACCGCUUCUAUUGACCUAGUUACAUUGGUUGAAGAAGUGCUCUCGCAGUGCAAAGAACAUGGCUUCGUUCUCAUUUCUCAUCGGACAGCACUCACAGCGGCCGAAGCAUUAUUGUCUAGAGUGAGUGGCGUUUCAUUUCAAGUUUACGCGGAGGAUUUGACGAUAGCAGUGUUUAGAGCCGGCGGAUUUCGGUUGGUGGGACUUAAGUCGAACAACGUGUCCACGCUGCUAUUGUUCCGAAAAGUGACCAUGCCCAUCGACAUCACCAAACAUGCGGUUAUCAGACUGCAAAACGUGCGCUUUGGCUGGGUGGAAACGCUGAAGGAGAAACUCCUUGAAUAUGUCAGCAAAUCAUCUGUAGAGAAGAUCUGGCUGCUCGCCGAAGAAGCCACAAGUGGCAUCCUUGGUUUAACCAAUUGUCUACGACAGGAGACCGGUGAACGCCUCAUAAGGUGCGUAUUUGACGCCACUGCGAAAGGUCUCAACAGCGUAGUCGACUUCAGUCCUACGAACGCCGCCUACAAAGAUGUAAUUGAAAACGAUCUGGUGAUGAACGUCUUCCGCGACGGACAGUGGGGAUCCUACAGGCACCGGAACAUUGAUUGCUGUACCAUCCGUUUGUCGCGUGGGGAGGCGAAGACGGCCACGCAGUUUGCCUACCUUGACGUAAGGACACGUGGAAACCUAUCGAGCUUGGAGUGGAACGAGUCACCGCUACGCCACAUCUCCCCGUGUGAUAAAACAGGCACCGAAGGACUGAUCUGUGACGUGUACUACGCGCCUGUUAACUUCCGUGACAUCAUGCUUGCCACUGGUAAAGUGAACCUGGAUGACACAUUAGGUGGUGCUGUCGCUUUCCCGGGAAUGGAGUUUUCGGGCCGUGACCCGAACGGACGGCGUGUCAUGGGUAUGGUCAGCGGCAAGUCCAUUGCGACCGUUCUCGUUGCCGACCCGAUCAUGCUGUGGGAAGUUCCCGAAUCGUGGACUUUGGAAGAGGCUGCGACAGUUCCUAUUGCAUAUUCGACAGCGUACUACGCCCUAGUGGUACGGGGCGUCAUGCAGCCCGGUGAGUCGCUCCUCGUGCAUUCUGGAAGCGGAGGCGUCGGGCAGGCAGCCAUAUCAAUCGCCCUCUCCAUGGGCUGCACCGUCUUUACCACAGUCGGUUCCGAGAAAAAGCGGGACUUCUUGAAGCGCCGCUUUCCACAACUAAAUAACCGACACUUUGCAAACUCACGUGACGGGUCAUUCGAAGAAAAUAUCAAGCUGGAAACUGGCGGUCGAGGCGUGGACCUGGUGCUCAACUCGUUGUCCGAAGAUAAGCUGCAGGCCAGCGUACGGUGCUUGGCGCCGCAUGGCCGGUUCCUGGAGAUCGGCAAGUUUGACCUGUUCGAGGACAACAAUCUAGGCCUGUCGGUGUUCCUCAAAAAUGUCGCCUUCCACGGAGUCAUGAUUGACAGCCUGCUCCGUGAUGACCCCGUCACUUCGGCUCACAAGCGUCGCAUCGCGGAGCUCGUCCAGAAGGGGAUCGAUUCUGGCGUGGUGCGUCCUCUCGAUGUCAUCAGGUUCAACCUAAACGAGACUGAGCAGGCCUUUCGCUUCGUUGCCUCCGGAAAACACAUAGGGAAGGUUGUUAUUCAGAUCCGACCGGAAGAAGAUAGUCGAUGCACGCCGACUCACGCGCCUCCGGUCACGAUUGAGGCCGUGGCUCGUGCCUGCUUCUACGGACACAAGUCGUACGUCAUUGUCGGCGGCCUCGGAGGCUUCGGUCUUGAGCUCGCCGAGUGGAUGGUCUCUCGUGGCUGUCGCAAGCUCCUCCUGAUCUCAAGGACAGGAGUCCGGACAGGUUACCAGAAGCUAUGUCUUCAUCGCUGGAACAGUGUCGGUGUGGCAGUGCUCGUCAGCAACGAGGACGUCUCCACGGAGGAAGGCGCUCGGAAGGUUCUUGACGACGCAGCAAGCAUGGGACCUGUGGGCGGAAUUUUUAACUUGGCCAUGGUGCUUCGCGAUGCAUUGAUCGAGAACCAGACGGCUGAAAUGUUCGAAGAAGUGUGCAAACCCAAAGUGCUGGUCACCCAGAGCCUGGACGGUGUGUCCCGGAAACAGUGCCCCUUCUUGGACCACUUCGUCGUCUUCUCGUCACUGACCUCCGGUCGUGGCAACGCCGGCCAGGCAAACUACGGUUACGCCAACUCUGUCACCGAGCGCAUCUGCGAGCGUCGUGUAUGGGACGGGCUGCCUGGAUUGGCCAUUCAGUGGGGUGUAAUUGGAGACGUAGGCCUGCUCCACGAUAACAUGGGUGCUGAUGUCACAGUAGCUGGAGUUAUGCCGCAGCCAAUUAGGUCGUGUAUGGCGGUUAUGGACGCCUUCCUGAGCCAAAGCAACCCCGUUGUCUCAUCCUUCGUCAAGAGCAGCUUGUCUUCGAUGGCGGAGAACAAGGACAAGCAAGAUCUCGUUCAGACUGUGGCGCACAUCCUUGGCAUCAAAGACUCAUCCUUGCUGAACCCGAACAUCAGCCUCGGCGAGUUGGGUAUUGACUCCCUGAUGAGCGUUGAGGUGAGGCAGCUGUUGGAGCGUGACUACGAAGUAACGCUUUCUAUGCAAGAGAUCCGGCAACUGACUGUGACACACCUCGGAGAGAUGAGCGACGCCUGCAGUGAUAAUGCAGCCAAGCAGACAAGCUCUGAUGCGGACAGCGGAAAAGAUGGUAGGCUCUGA